GUUUGAAGAGCUCCUGAAUUCACUGUAACUCUCAGGGUCAAAUCACUUGUAGAGGAUGGGCACUGUAUUGGAUUCCCAUUUCUUGGCCCUAACUGCCAUUGUCACUGUGGGAUAUCAGUUCCUCUUCUUUGUAAUCACGGCCAUUUUCAAGUUUGAUAAGGUCACUGAUUUUGCAGGAAGUACAAAUUUCGUGAUACUCAGUGUAUUGACCUUGAUAUUAAAAGGAUCAUGGCAUUUUAGACAGGUAAUCUUGACCAUAUUAGUGGUGAUAUGGGGCCUCCGUUUGGCAUCUUUCUUGUUGUUGAGGAUUCUGCAAUGGGGUGAAGACCGUCGUUUUGAUGAAAUGCGCAAGGACUUGGGGAAGUUAGCUGUUUUUUGGACAUUUCAGGCUGUCUGGGUAUGGACUGUGAGUCUUCCAGUAACAAUUGUGAACGCCAGUGACCGAAAUCCAAGUCUUAAUCCUCAAGAUAUUAUUGGGUGGGUUAUGUGGUCUGUGGGCAUAACAGCUGAGGCAUUCUCAGAUCAGCAAAAGCUACGGUUCAAGAACUCUCCAGAUAACCGAGGAAAGUGGUGCACUGCAGGUCUCUGGAGAUAUUCCCGCCAUCCGAACUACUUUGGUGAGGUUCUACUUUGGUGGGGCAUUUUUGUGGCAUCUACUCCUGUGCUAGAAGGAGCUGAAUGGCUUAUUAUUCUAGGACCAACCUUCCUAACAUUGCUGCUGCUUUUCAUCAGUGGCAUCCCACUACUUGAGGAUUCAGCUGAUAAGCGCUUUGGGAGCUCAGCAGAAUACCUUCACUAUAAAAGGACGACUAGCCCCUUCUUUCCAUUGCCACCUUUUGUAUAUGGGAAUUUGCCGGCCUCGUUGAAGAAGUUUCUUCUCUUUGAGUUUCCUUUCUAUAGCCGGAACCUUCCUCAGGGUUGAUCUUGCUGGUCAGGUGUACAGAUCACAAAUUAAACAAAAGUUGCUGAAAAAAAAAGAGCCAAAACCACGAUGCACUCAAGUUUGCAAAAAUGAGUUUGGCUGGACUUUGUACCUGUGCAUCCUAACCUUUUUGCUCCACCUUCUUUGUUCCUUCACUCUUUCCUUCUCUCUGUAAAUUGUUACCCCCCUUUCUAUGAUGUUCAUAUUGUCCUUUCAUUUAAAGUAAUCUCCAGAGCAUCCCUUUAGGUCCUUGCCUUAGCCAACUCAUCACAUUACUUGUGUUGAAUAGGUCUAUGUAUGGUUGUAACCUUAUUUGUAAAAAUAAAGUUGCAGUAAUCUACAUCAUUCAUUUUAUUUGGCUGGUGUAGAUUUGAUACUAUCUAACAAAAUAUGCUACUUUUUGGCACUGGUUUAGAAGACGUGUCACCGUCCAACUAAAAUGGACAGUGUAAAAUAUCGCGACCGUACUUCUAAAAUUAAGCUUGAAACCUUUUAUAAAUUGCACAUAAUCAAACAAAAAUCUCUCUUCCUCCUACUUCACUUCUUAUGUUGUCUAAAAUCUGCAUCCAAACCCAAGGAACCUUAUGUAUAUUCUUGCACCAAUUGUUUAUAUUGGUCUAUUCACCUUCAAUGAUUACCCUUCUUCAUGAAGGGGGAAUACUUAAAACCCCUUGCCCAAGAACUUUUAAUUCUGCUUCACUGGAUGAGGUUGCUUAAUGGGCCCGAGAAGGUUAAUAGAGUGUUCCCCCUUUCAUCUUGAACCGGACCCUAUGCACUAGUCAACCUAUCAAAAUUAAGCUUGAUCUAACCCUGCGGAGGCAGUAGUCGAGUAUUUCGUUUGUGAAACUUCUUGACCCUCAUUUGUGCCCUUGAAUUCCUCUCUCAUCAUUGCUCAAGUAGCAAUGGUUGUUUGUAUCUUCCAUUUGACAUAGUCCCAAUUAGAAUCCUCGAACUGCUCUGAUGGUUCUUUCUUUCGAAAUGUGCCAAAAGGUAGUUGUGAUUGCAUUCUCUGUACUUAUAAGCCUAUUUUAGGGAAUGGUGGGGAAAACCAAACCUUCUCUCUCUAUCUCUCCAUUAUUUUUAAGAUGUGUGCGAGUAUGCAUGCAUUUGUGCAUGUCUGCAAGCACAUCUCAUAAUACACCGCUCAUCAUUUUCUUAUGUUGAGCUAGAUACAAUUAUUUAUUUAUUUAUUCUUUUAUUUUUUUUCUCCAAUGCAUCUACAAUAUAACUUAUGUUUGUUGAUUAGAAAUGAAUGUUUGCAUGUGUUAUAUAUCUGAAAUUUUGCAAAGGAAUGCGACGAUGGGAGUGUUACAUAGACACGAGCAUGAGUGUCAGUGUCUCGUACAUAUUCGGAGUGUCCAAUAUUUCAUCAAAAAGGCCAACACGGCAAGCAUGUCCACAAAAAUAUUUAUGAUUAAGAAAUAGCUUUAUAUUUUAAAAGUUCAGAAAGUUAUUUACAUGAAGUUAUUGUUUUCGUAUCAAUAAAGUAGACCAUCAUCACUUUGUAUAGGAGACUGGAGAUGGAACGCCAAGUAUCGCAUUUUACGUCUUCUAUUUUAUAUUAAAUAACACUUGUUAUGUAUAUAACUACCCAAAAAAACACUUAUGUAUAUUAAUAACUUUUCACACAUCGUGUAGACCUAAACUUGGGGUUUGCAGUUAUUCUUUAUAGCCUGAAUUUCAUACUACAAAAUAUUAAAGAAUUAAGCCAUGUAUGAAUUUAAAUUAAAAAAGGGUGCGGUUUUUAUAAAUUUGCAACCUUAUUUGGAGAAAUAAGGCUGCAGUACUCUUGAUCGUCCAUUUUAUUUGGAUGGUGUAUAUGUGAUACAUCUUUAAGACAAUGUUAAUACAUGACACAUCUUUUAAGACAAUGUUAAUACAGGACACAUCUUUUAAGACAAUGUUAAUACAUGACACAUCUUUUAAGACAAUGUUAAUACAUGACACAUCUUUUAAGAUAGUGUCCAAUCUACACUGUCCAAAUAAAAUGUACAAUCUAAAUUAAUGAAAUAUUAUUUUUACAAAUAAAGUUACAAAUGAGGUUGUAACUUUAUAUAAACUUUUUCGUUAAAGAAUUUAGCCAUAUAAAAAGUAUUUCCCAUGACAGAAAUCAAACUCGAAAGAUUUAACAUAUCAAUGCCCACUCUACCACAUGGACCAUGGUGCAUUUAUCGUAAGACUAUGCAAGAAACUUUUAUAUAUGGUGCCUAUAUAUACUAAAAAAAGGGGUUGUCUUUAAGGAGGUUACAAUCAUUCUUGUCCCUUAGAUUUCAAAAUAGGUGGUUGUAAGAGUGUCAUUGAUUAGAUAUAGUUACAAAAAUAAAAUUCUCGGACUAUGUGACUCAUUUCAAGCCAUCCAAUUUGACAUCUUAAUGAGUAAAAAUGGUUGUGACCUUUUGUACAAAAGAUAAAUGGUCUCUUCAUAGACAAUUUCAAAAAAAAAAAAAAAAAAA